UAUGUAUGUUAAAAAAAUUCAACUGAUAAGAACAGUGUGCCCUUGAUAUUUUACUGCUGAUAAGAAUUAACAAAAGAUGACGAUGUUUGUUAAGUUAGGCGUUUAUAUUUUGUCAAUAUGCAGUUUAUUUACACAGGGUCUUUGUUGUCAUAGUGGAUGGAUGACCCACGGAUCAUCUUGUUACCAUUUUAGCCAUGACACAGAAUCAUGGAUAGGAGCACUACAAUUUUGUAGAGAGAUGAUGGGUCAUUUAGUUGAAAUCAAUGAUGCGGAUGAGAAUGCUUUCAUAAAAGCUGAAGCCAAACUUCGUAAACGUAAGCUUUUAACGUAA